AACCAUCCUAUCAUCAUCUUCCAGUCUAUCAUUCUUGGGACAAAGUUCACAACCAUUAAGAGAAACCAUGGAAAAACAAAAUGCUAUAGUUUUGUAUCCAUCACCACCGAUAGGUCACUUAGUGUCCAUGGUUGAGUUAGGCAAACUCAUCUUAUCCAAGAACCCAUCUCUCUCCAUCCAAAUCAUCUUAGUUCCACCACCUUAUCAGCCGGAAUCAACCGCCACCUACAUAUCCUCCGUGUCCUCUUCCUUCCCUUCAAUCACCUUCCACCGCCUCCCAGCCAUCACACCACACUCCUCCAAAACCUCACCAAAACACCACGAGUCACUCACCCUAGAAAGCCUCCGUCUCAGUAACCCAAAUGUCCACAAGACACUGCUCACCGUCUCCCAAACGUUCAACCUCCGUGCCAUGGUUAUUGACUUCUUUUGCACCGCCGUGUUAGAAGUCACCGCCGAUUUCACCUUCCCGGUCUACUACUUCUUCACCUCUGGACCCGCUUGCCUCGCUUCUUUCUUCCAUCUCCAAACUCUCGACGAAACCACAGCCGGUAAAAACCUAAAAGACGUCCACACGCUCCUCAACAUACCCGGUGUUCCUCCAAUCAAAGGCUCUGAUAUGCCUAAACCGGUGCUCGAACGUGGCUAUGAUGUUUACGAUUCUUUCAUAUUGUUCUCUAAAGAGCUCCCAAAGUCUGCAGGGAUCAUUGUCAACACGUUUGAAGCAUUAGAGAACAGAGCCAUCAAGACCAUAGCAGAGGAGCUCUGUUUUAAAACUAUAUAUCCAAUAGGACCGCUCAUAGUUCAAGAAAGAACCGGAGAUAACCAUGGAAACAACGGAGAUUCCUGUCUUAGUUGGCUCGAUUCGCAGCCGGAACAGAGUGUUGUGUUCCUAUGUUUUGGGAGCUUGGGGUUGUUAUCAGGGGAACAACUAAAAGAGAUUGCUAUUGGUUUAGAAAAGAGUGGACAGAGGUUCUUGUGGGUGGUCCGUAAUCCACCGGAGUUACAAAACCAGACGGAACCGGACUUGAAAUCUCUUUUACCAGAAGGAUUCUUAAACCGAACCGGAAACAGAGGAAUGGUCGUCAAAUCAUGGGCUCCGCAAGUUCCGGUUCUGAAUCAUAAGGCCGUUGGCGGAUUCGUCACCCAUUGUGGUUGGAACUCAAUUCUCGAAUCUGUUUGCGCUGGUGUACCAAUGGUUGCAUGGCCUUUAUACGCUGAGCAGAGGUUUAACAGAGUAGUGAUUGUGGAUGAAAUAAAGAUUGCAAUCCCGAUGAAUGAAUCGCAGACGGGUUUCGUUACCUCGACGGAGGUGGAGAAUCGAGUCCAAGAGAUAAUGCAAGAAGGCCCGGUUAGGGAGAGAACCAAAGCGAUGAAGUACGCAGCCGAAUCAGCUUUAACCGAAACCGGUUCGUCUCAUGCCGCGUUGACUACGUUACUCCAGUCGUGGUGCCCAAAAUGAUCUGAAGUGCUUGUAAUAUCAACAAUUAAUGGUUGGAAUUAUGUUUCUAGAAUUAUAAAUUCCUACAAUAAUUAUCUUAGUAACUUCCAUGUCUUGUAACAUCAUUAACGGAGAAAUUAAAAUCUUUGAAUUAUCAAAA